AUGGGUUGUGACGGUGGAACGAUCCCAAAACGUGACGAAUUAGUAAGAAAAAAGAAAAAGCCUGAAAAAAAAGACAAAAAUGCUGCGAAUAUGGCAAAAUGGCGUCAUUGUUCAUUGAAACAUGAUCUGCUUAAACGUCCUAUUGUAUCAUGUGGGAAAGGCUUACUAUACAACAAAGAUGCGGUUAUUGAAUAUCUGUUGGAUCGAAUGAAAUUUGAAAAUGGACCAUCACAUAUUAAAAAUUUAAGAGAUAUACGUGAAUUAAAUUUAACUGUUAAUCCAUCCUUCAAAGAAAAAACUAAUGAAUUGGGCACUGAAUACCGAGACGUAUAUAAAAGUGAAUUUUGCUGUCCAUUGAGCGGGUUAGAAAUGAAUGGAACAUAUAAAUUUUGUUAUUUAUGGAAAUGUGGUUGUGUUGUCUCGGAUCGUGCAUUACGUUCGAUACGAAUGCCUUCGACCUCAUCAAAAUCUUCAUUAGCAUGUCCAAAAUGUGGUAAAGAAUAUUCGACUGAUGAUAUUGUUAUUAUUAAUCCAGAAACUGAAGAUGAUAUUACAAGCAUGGAAGAACGACGAUUAAAAUUAAGUCAACAAAAGCAAACAGAUAAACGAAAAUUAGAUGAAAUGAACAAUAACGAAGAAAAAGUGAAAAAAUCUAAGACAAACGAUGUUAGCAGUGUUACAUCAACUGCCGAUGUUCCUUUAUCUUCAACUGCCGAUGUUCCUUUAUCCUCAACUGCCGAUGUUGCUUUAUCAUUAACGGCUACAACUGUCACAUCAACGGUUGUUACAAGUAAAACUGCUAUUAAUCAACAAAAAGUUACAACGCCGUCAACAUCAGUAGCAACGUCAAAACUUGCAUCAAAGUCAAAAUUAAUAUCGAAUAAUGGUGGUAGUAUUAACAAUAAGAAAGUCUCAAUUCAAGAAGAUCCAAAUACGACUGCAUUAUAUAAAUCAUUAUUUACUACAAGUGCCUCAGCUAAGAAACAGCAAUUAAAUAAAGCUCACUGGGUUACAUACAAUCCAUUGUAUUAUUGA